GGCUUGGCUGGGCAUGUUUAAGCGCACAGUGCUCUCCUGCCCACCCCCAACAGCACCCCCACUACAGGCUCGAGGAGCUUUCCGGAGCUUCCCACACUUCUGGGGAGAAGACUUCUUAGCCAGCUUGAUGUUUAAAAUUCAGCUGGAGCCCUUAAAACUUCGAGCGUGGACGCUGAAUGGGUUUGUAAAGUUUCGAAACAAGGAGACCAGCACCGGUCCAGUGGCUGUGAUGGGCAAAGAUUAUUACAAGAUUCUUGGGAUCCCAUCGGGGGCCAAUGAGGAUGAGAUCAAGAAAGCCUACCGGAAGAUGGCCUUGAAGUACCACCCAGACAAAAACAAAGAACCCAACGCUGAGGAAAAGUUUAAGGAGAUUGCAGAGGCCUAUGAUGUGCUGAGUGACCCUAAGAAACGGAGCCUGUAUGACCAGUAUGGGGAGGAAGGCCUGAAGACCGGCGGUGGUACAUCAGGUGGCUCCAGUGGCUCCUUUCACUACACCUUUCAUGGGGACCCUCAUGCCACCUUUGCCUCCUUCUUUGGUGGCUCCAACCCCUUCGAUAUCUUCUUUGCCAGCAGCCGCUCCACUCGGCCCUUCAGUGGCUUUGACCCAGAUGACAUGGAUGUGGAUGAAGAUGAGGACCCAUUUGGUGCCUUUGGCCGCUUUGGCUUCAAUGGGCUGAGUAGAGGUCCAAGGCGAGCCCCAGAACCACUGUACCCCCGGCGCAAAGUACAGGACCCACCUGUGGUGCAUGAGCUGCGAGUGUCCCUGGAGGAGAUCUACCAUGGCUCCACCAAGCGCAUGAAGAUUACAAGGCGGCGCCUCAACCCUGAUGGGCGAACUGUGCGCACCGAGGACAAAAUUCUGCACAUCGUCAUCAAGCGUGGCUGGAAGGAAGGCACCAAGAUCACCUUCCCCAAAGAGGGCGAUGCCACACCUGACAACAUCCCUGCCGAUAUCGUCUUUGUGCUCAAGGACAAGCCCCACGCACACUUUCGCCGGGAUGGCACCAAUGUGCUCUACAGUGCCCUGAUCAGCCUCAAGGAGGCACUGUGUGGCUGCACCGUGAACAUUCCCACCAUUGAUGGCCGAGUGAUCCCUUUGCCCUGCAAUGAUGUCAUCAAGCCAGGCACCGUGAAGAGACUCCGUGGGGAGGGACUUCCCUUUCCCAAGGUCCCCACUCAGCGAGGAGACCUCAUUGUGGAGUUCAAAGUUCGUUUCCCAGACAGAUUAACACCACAAACACGACAGAUCCUUAAGCAGCACCUACCCUGUUCCUAGGCUCUGCCCCAGCUAGUCCAGAGUCUACCACAGCAAUACCCCCCACACUCACCCCAUCCAGUGUGCACCCAGCUUGAUAUCCACUGGACACUGGCAAUUUUUUCUGAAAUGCAAAAAAAGCCACUGGUUUUCAGGACAAUGUUCCUGUCCCUGACCCUUUUCAGAGCUGGGCUGCCUUGGGGAGUGGGAGGGAGGUCGGGGAGAGCUAGCCCAGGCCAGGGGUCAAUUUUCAUGUCACUAGCUUCAAAUCCAGUUUCCACUCCAGUGGCUGGGGAGUGACUUGAGUGCUACUUGAAGAUAUAGAUUCCUUGUCCAUGCCUGUAAAUAGCAUGUCCUCCUUUCCCUCAGCCUUGCUAAUACCUUUCCUCUCCCUUCCCUUUGGUUUCCUCCUGUCUGGGGGAGGAAGAGGAUAGAAAGGACACUGGUCUCCCACCCCUGUCCCCUGGUCCACGUGUCCAAGGUUAUCGCACAUAUAUCCAUGCACACAAAGCACUCGUCUAGAGCUGUCUGUACCUCUCUGAAAGAUAGGAGAGGCGAGGAGAUAGGAAGGGAUGGUCUGCAACCCUCGAACAGGGCCACUGAGCACGAGACACUUUCACUGGGGGGAGGGAGAUGAACUGACCCUCAGCAGCCUCCCCAGUAGCCGCCCAGCCUACACCUAACAGAGUUGGAGGUUCUGUCUUCCCUGCUGCUCUGAGGAGUGUUUGAGGGUGGAGAAAGGGAAGAAGGGCCUGAGGUAUUAAGGCUAAGAGGUGGGGCAGGGCCCUUCUCCCAGCCUUCAUCAA